AUGGAGUGGAAUGCAUUGUUCACAAGUUCAAUGUUAUCAUCCGUUGAGAUUCUUGAUGAUUACACUUUCCUUGGUGCUGCAAACAACUCCAAUAUCACCAGUUUACAGAACAAUGAAGGUGUUUAUACAAUGGGCAAACUUGAUGUGGUUGGCAAGUAUCACCUUGGAGAAUUUAUCAACAAGUUCCAACAUGGCUCCCUGGUGCCAUAUUCUGAUGCGUGUCGGAUUCCAACCGUCACUUUUGGUUCUGCCGGUGGUGUAAUUGGGAUCAUUGCUUCACUCCCUCGUGAACAGUAUGAGUUCCUCGAAAAGCUUGAAACAAGCACGAGGGCAAUGAUCGAUGGCGUCGGAGAUCUAUGUCAAAAGAAGUGGAGAUCAGUGAAGAAAUUUAAUUACUUGGGCGAGGAAGGGGAAGAAUUUUUGGAAGCGUCUAAUUUCUUGGACGGAGAUCUUAUCGAAUCGUUCCUUGAUCUCAGCAGAAACAUGAUGGACCAAGUCUCGGAACGAAUUGGUGUUUCAGUGGAGGAGCUCUGCGAGAGAGUAGAAGAAUUGAAAAGGUUGCAUUGUUUAGUAGUCUUUAAAACGUGA